UAACAUGGUCGAAACGAGUUUCCGUAAACGGAAAGAAAGGAUGCCAUGUGGCAGCAGCAGAAAUUUUGUGCGGAAAAAAUUGGAUAAAAGAUAAAGGCACCCCACGUUACGAAGAGAGAAGCAGGGGCGAUUAGGAUUAUCUUACAAAAGACAGCCGCUAAUUCACGCUGUUCGCCAGCAAGCUCAGGAAUGCUUCUAUUCCCGGCGGCACCACCGGCACUGCCGCUUUCGGCCUCCAAAUUGUCUAAGGGAAAGCCUUACGCCAUCCAGCUCAAUGGCUUCAAUCGCAAGGUUCCUCUGCCGGUGCGUCUCAGGAGGACGGUGGUUUGCGGCAUUUCCGGCGACGUUGACACAUUUACCCAGUACUCCGGCUACCUUUUUAACCUCAGCUCUUCGGAGGCGGAUUCGCUGACAGAGUACGACGUGUCUAGGAUUGGAGCCAUUUAUCGGAACAGACCCUUGGUUCUGAUUCGCCGCCUGUUCCAGAUUGCUACUACGCUUGGGAAGUGGCUAGGGCUUCGCUACAUCGAUGGUCUCAUGGAGCGCUCCGACCAGAUGUUCGAGGUUAGAGCUGCAGAGCUUCGGAAGAUAUUGGUAGAACUAGGCCCUGCAUAUAUCAAAAUUGCUCAAGCUAUCUCAUCUCGUCCUGAUCUGAUUCCGCCUUCAUAUCUAGAUCAGCUUUCACUUUUGCAAGAUCGAAUAACACCAUUUUCCAAUGAAGUUGCUUUCAAUACCAUAGAACGAGAACUUGGACUGCCAAUUGAUAAGCUGUUCUCAGAGAUCUCUCCAGAGCCAGUGGCUGCAGCAUCUCUUGGGCAGGUUUAUCAAGCUAGGCUUUGUCCUAGUGGUCAGGUUGUUGCUGUCAAAGUGCAGAGGCCUGGGGUUCAAGCUGCUAUUUCCUUGGACAUAUUAAUCUUGCGUUUUCUUGCAGGGUUGGUUAGGAGAGCAGGCAAAUUGAACACUGAUCUUCAGGCAGUUCUUGAUGAAUGGGCAUCAAGUCUUUUCCGGGAGAUGGACUAUAGAAAAGAAGCGAAGAAUGGGAUCAAGUUUAGGCAGCUAUAUGGUGGCAUAAAAGAUGUUUUUGUUCCAGAAAUGUACCUGGAGCGAACAACUCGUAGGGUUCUCAUUAUGGAAUGGGUGGAGGGGCAAAAGUUGACAGAAGUGAAGGAUCUUUACCUGAUUGAGGUAGGAGUUUACAGCUCAUUUAAUCAACUUCUGGAAUAUGGGUUCUAUCAUGCGGAUCCACACCCAGGAAACCUUCUUCGUACGAAUGAUGGAAAACUAGCUUAUUUAGAUUUUGGUAUGAUGGGUGAAUUUGAACCAGAACUCCGAGAUGGAUUUAUUGAAGCCUGUCUCCAUCUUGUAAACCGUGAUUAUGAUGCAUUGGCUAAGGACUUCGUCACUCUUGGGCUUCUUCCGCCAACUGCAGACAAGGAUGCUGUAACAGAUGCAUUAACUGGUGUCUUUCAAAUGGCUGUUGCCAAAGGAGUUCGCAAUAUAAGUUUUGGAGAUCUUUUAGGGAACUUAGGAAGCACCAUGUACAAGUUUAAAUUCCGGAUACCUUCAUAUUUUUCUCUUGUUAUUCGAAGCCUUGCUGUUUUGGAGGGAAUUGCAAUCGGUUUUAACCGAGAUUACAAAGUUUUAGGUAGUACAUACCCAUGGAUUGCUAGAAAAGUUCUAACUGACAGCUCACCCAAACUGAAGUCUUCUUUGCAGGCUCUUCUUUAUAAGGAAGGCGUGUUCAGAAUUGAUCGUCUAGAGUCUUUGCUAUCAGAGUCUCUUCGUGCCAGAACAGAGAGGGCCUUGGUUACAAAACAGAUGGAAGGCACUGAUUCCCGGUUGGUUGUUAAACAGAUUCUUUCUUUUACAUUAACUGAAAAGGGGACAUUUGUGAGAGAAAUGCUUCUUGAAGAAUUUGCUAAGGGUUUGGAUGCACUUGGCCUAGCAACCCUGGAUUCUAUUACUUCUGUUACUGCUACAACUCUACCUUUUUCUGCUUCCCGUCCAUUCUCCUCAAUGACUGAUGAUGACAUUAACAACUUGAGGACCUUGCGCCGCCUUCUGCUACUGUUAUCAGGACCUCAAAAGACGGAAAGCUCUAGCAAGGGAGUUAAAGACUCGGAGGAAGUGUCACUGGCUUUUGAUCAACUUGCUUCUGUUCAGGAAAUUCUCCCCAUUCUUUCUAUUCUUCCUGAGCUUCCACCAGAAUUGCAACAACAGCUACUCCUACUGCCAUCAAAUCUGGCUGGAAGGUUAAUGUCUCGAGUUGCAGCAAGGACGAUUCGGAGGAUAUUUUUGUGACAGCAUCCAAUUCUAAACUGUUGAGAGGAAGCAUAAGAAGUGGUCGGGCUUCAUUUCUGCAGUAUAAGUUAUGAGAGGACAAAAUACAUAAAAUCACACAGGGAUUAGAGGAAGCAAGAGUUUGCUGGGAUUAGGUACAAAA